AUGGAUCUCAAAGUGGAAACCGAAGACAUGGACACAAACCAACCUCCGCCCAUAGAAGUUUUUGCGCACAGCUCGACCCUGCACGGAAUCUCUCACAUUUUCACGUACGAGCGGUUCUGCAUCAAACGCUGCCUGUGGGUCAUGUUUUUCUUGGGCUCCCUGACCUUCUUGCUUUACGUGUGCGUGGACCGGAUCCACUUCUACCUCGAGUACCCGCACGUCACCAAACUGGAUGAGGUCACGACCCCGAUCAUGACGUUCCCCGCGGUCACCUUUUGCAAUCUGAACGCGUUCCGCUUCAGCCGGGUGACGCGCAAUGACCUGUACCACGCUGGGGAGCUGCUGGCCCUGCUCAACCAGAGGUAUGAGAUCAGGGACAUACAUCUUGUGGAGGAGAGUGUUCUGGAGAGCCUAAAGGUGAAAGCCGAUUUCCAUAAUUUCAAGCCGCGACCCUUCAACAUGCGGGAAUUCUACGACCGCACCGGCCACGACAUCAACGACAUGCUGCUCUCCUGCCACUUUCACGGCACUGAGUGCAGAGCGGAGGACUUCAAAGUGGUGUUCACGCGCUACGGGAAGUGUUACACCUUUAAUGCCGGCGAUGAUGGACGCCCUCCCCUGAUCACCACCAAGGGAGGUAUGGGUAAUGGACUGGAGCUCAUGCUGGACAUUCAGCAGGAUGAAUACCUGCCUGUCUGGGGAGAAACAGAUGAGACGUCAUUCGAAGCCGGGGUCAAAGUUCAAAUCCACAGUCAGGACGAGCCGUCCUUCAUUGACCAGCUCGGGUUCGGAGUGGCACCCGGGUUUCAGACGUUUGUUUCCUGCCAGGAACAGAGGCUGAUAUAUCUUCCUCCGCCCUGGGGAGACUGUAAGGUGACGGCCAUGGAUUCGGACUUCUUUGAUAGUUACAGCAUCACGGCCUGUCGCAUCGACUGCGAAACACGCUACCUGGUGGACAACUGCAACUGUCGCAUGGUGCACAUGCCUGGUGACGCACCCUACUGCACCCCCGAGCUGUACAAAGAAUGUGCUGACCCAGCGCUUGAUUUCCUGGUGGAGAGAGACAAUGAUUUCUGUGUGUGCGAGACGCCGUGCAACAUGACGAGAUACAGCAAAGAGCUGUCCUUCGUCAAGAUCCCCAGCAAGGCCUCUGCGAAAUAUCUUGCGAAGAAAUACAACAAAUCCGAGCAGUAUAUUAAAGAGAAUAUCCUGGUUUUGGACAUCUUUUUUGAGGCUCUCAAUUAUGAAACUAUUGAACAGAAGAAAGCUUAUGAAGUAGCUGGACUUUUAGGUGAUAUCGGUGGUCAGAUGGGACUUUUUAUUGGGGCAAGCAUACUCACCAUUCUGGAGCUCUUUGACUACCUUUAUGAGGUGAUAAAGUACAAGCUGUGCCGCUGCUCUGAUAAGAAGCACAAGCACAACAACAACAACGACCAGGGAACAGUGCUGAGCUUAGAUGAUGUCAAGUGUCACGUCAGUAACUUUCACUAGGCUUCUGCAGCCGUGAGGACGGAGUCGCUGCACCCUCUUAUCCCUGGACGGUAUAUGUGGACUUUGCUCAUUGCAGUUUGUCAGACUGCAGGAGCAACAGAGGAAGUGUCUGAACUGGUUUGUGAGCAACGAGGUGAACUCAGCAUGUGGCUGACGUCAGAAGAAGCCACACAGACGACAGGGCAGCAGAAACCAGUGAUCAACAUGUGAUGAAUUCAAAAAUGUCAGAAUAACUGCAUGGUCAUCCGUAAAACAGCUUUUAAAGACAUAAUAACAGAUACA